ACCUUCAAGCCGGUCUUCACGCACUACCACUGGGACCUGAUCCUCCAAAGGCACGACCCUCGCUGCCACUCGCCGCAGGAGUUUUGCGCCAACAUCUUGAAGAUCGACCUGGACCAGUUCUGCGGCAUCGACAUAGAGGCCAAGCAGGUCCUCCCCGAGGGCUCCUCCGGGGGCCCGUACCUCGUCAACGUGGGCAGCGACGGCAGGGAGCACUGGGUCGUGGCCGGGAUCGUGUCGUCGCAGAGGAGCGGCUGCGACAGGCCCUACACCAUCUUCACGGCGGUGAUCGACUUCUGGCCCUGGGUCGAGCGCUGCGUGCACCAGGGGGCGUGCGCGUGAUUUUGCUUGUUUUUUUGUUUCUUGUUUUUCUUUUUUUUUUUUUUUUUUUUUUU